AUGGCGGCACAUGAGCAUGGCUUGGCUGCAUACACUGGUGCUGCAUCAUACGCCCGAGCCUUCACUGGGGCGUUGAAUGUGGCUCACUCUCAAAGCCAGCAUGCAGGUCGGACGGCACGCAACGUCUAUGGCCGCACGCAGCUCGAUCACAAGUUUGUGUCCAGUGAAGCACAGUAUGGCCACCAGUUUGUGUCUGAAGAAUGGCACAAGCUCAUGAAGCUGGUAGAUGUAGAGGAUCAGAUCCAAGCCGAGGCCGUGGAUGAGCGUACCUGCGUGCAACAAGUGGUUUGUAAGCAGGUGGUUGUCCAGUCGUCUCGAGUCAGGAACGCCAGCACACAGGUGCAAGCGACCGUGGGCACGCAAACAGGUCCCGAGGUUGAAGUCUGCCUUGAUGCUGAGGACGACAUUGACGAAAUUAUUGCCGCGUUGGAUCUAGACGAAGCCGAGGCAGCCGGAUCGUCCAUGCCAGUUGCCGUGCCGCGAGCCGUGGAAGAGGCUGCGUCGACGGCCUUGCAGCAAGAGCCAAGCCAGCACAAUGACCAAACGCAACAAGAAGAGUAUGAGGAUCAGAUUUGGCUGGCUCAAUGUGUGUGGCAAGCAUGGAAGACAACAUUUCGCGACUGGGAUCAGUAUCGAUUGGCACAGGCUGUGACUCGGCACGAAGCCCAGGACGGCUGGCUGUUGGCCGUGGCCCCGACUGGCAUGGGCAAGACGCUGUGUACACUCGCUCACCUCCAGCCACGCAGGGUCGUGGUGUGGGUAGUGCCGCUUCGUGAGCUUGCCAGAGACUUGUGCCGCCGCUUCGAGCAGGCUGACAUUGUAUCGCAGUGGGCUAAGAAUGAUGGCCGUGACAUGCAAGUCAACGUUCAAGUGAUUGUCAUGACGGUUGACUUUUUGGUUGGCCAUGGGAUGAGGUGGGUGCAAACACUCGUGCAGCAGAAGCGUCUGGCCAUGCUGGUGAUGGACGAGGUUCACACAAUGCUCGAGGACACCAGCUAUCGAGACGGUCUUGUUCGCUGCCCAGGCCGGCUGGAUCAUCUUCGCCAAGACCCAUCUGUCAAGUGUGUGGGCCUCACUGGCACGCUUUGCCCCAAAGAUGAGCGGGCUCUGCUCCAACAGCUGGAUUGCACAGAGGACGCUUCGUACCAGACCUUUCGUAUGCCAACCAUGCGAACCGAUCUUUGGCUAGCGGUGCAACAAGGAACAACAAAGGCAUUUGAGAUGUUUGUGGAACGCCACUACGACCUGUUGGAGCAAGAGGGCCGCGUGGAUCGCAUGCUGACUUUUUGUGACACGAAGAAGCAGGUUGAGGCAUUGUCGACUCUGUUGGCGCGCACGAUGGGUCACGAGCAGUCGCUGGCCGUGGAUGCUGACAUGUCAGCCGAAGACACACGAGCCGCUCUUGAGCAGUGGAGGAGCGGCACGCAGAGUCUGGUCUUGGUGGCCAUAAGCUGCUUGGGCGCGGGCUUGGACAUGCCCAACGUUCGGAAGGUGAUCUGGUUUGGCAGCGGCUACAACGGCUACACCUUGUCGCAGGCCUUUGGCCGGGCUGGCCGCGACCGACGGGGUGGCGAGGCCACGCUAUGGAUACCACCAGGCACAGCGAUUUCGGAAGAUCUGCAGCCAUUUGCAAGCAUGAAGCGCUGCCUGACCUUUGAGCUUGGUUGGCUGCUGGAUGGUGAGGGCCACAUUUGUGCGGCCACAGGAGCGCCGGCUUGCACCGUCUGCUCCAUGAUGCAACCGACCAUCACAGCGCGCCAUCCAAGCCGUGAAGCACAUGGGGCGCCAGUAUCACACGAGGGCCAGACGCGGGCCAAACGAGCGCAGUUGAUGGUACCAUCGGCGCCAAUUCAGUCAGACGACUUUAACACGGCUCUGCUAUGGAUGAGCACCUACUGCUGGGCCUGCAGCUGCAGCAGAGACCGCUUGGUUGCUCACCACCAGCCUUCUAGCUGCCCGGCCAUGAAAGGGCGCUGUUUUCGAUGCCACUGCCGCGGUCAUGCGCGCCAUCCAAGCCGUGAAGCACAUGGGGCGCCAGUAUCACACGAGGGCCAGACGCGGGCCAAACGAGCGCAGUUGAUGGUACCAUCGGCGCCAAUUCAGUCAGACGACUUUAACACGGCUCUGCUAUGGAUGAGCACCUACUGCUGGGCCUGCAGCUGCAGCAGAGACCGCUUGGUUGCUCACCACCAGCCUUCUAGCUGCCCGGCCAUGAAAGGGCGCUGUUUUCGAUGCCACUGCCGCGGUCAUGGUAGUAGCAAUUGCCAAGUGACCUUGGGGGCGGGUGUUUGCUACCGGUGUUGGAGGCCGCAGAAGAUUGGGGGUGAUCGAGUGGUGGAGUGCACGGGGCGGGCCUGUGCCCAGCGCAACCGCGAGGCCAUCCGGGCACUGGUCGCGUCUGUGUCCCGCAGUCAAACUUUGCGCGGCAUCAUGCAGCGCAUGGAGUGCCCGGCCGAGCUGCUGGCAGUUGGAGGGCGGGACUUUGACCCGUCGGAGAUGCAGGCGCUUGUGGGCUGGCUGUACGGAGCAGAGGGGCGCGUUGGCCAUCCACGCGUGUUGAAGUUUGUGAUUGAGGCGAAACGGCAGUUUGCAAUGUUGAAGUGA